GGACUUGGAAGCCCGCCUUCCCCGGAGGCGCUGAUAGCCGGGACUUGUAGUCGGGAGGCGAAAGCGAGGCGGGAUGCGCACUACCGGCAUAGAUGACAGAGGAGGGAACCACCGCCACCUCGACCAGUGGACGACGUUUGCUGGGUCUGAGUAGCGGAAGAGCAUCCAAUAGGGAGCCGCUCCGCCUGAGUGACGUGAGCCGUGGCCUACGGGCGCCCCACGGGGCGGAGCGGCGCGCGGCGGCCGUAAUGGGAACCAUGGGAGGCAGCUGGUGGUGGGCUCGGGUGGCUCGCCUGGCCCGACUCCGCUUCCGGGGGUCGCUGCUGCCUCCUCAGCGGCCCCGGAGCGGGGGCGCCCGGGGAUCCUUCGCCCCGGGCCACGGUCCCCGCGCCGGGGCUUCGCCGCCCGCAGUGUCUGAGCUGGACCGCGCGGACGCCUGGCUCCUCCGGAAGGCUCACGAGACAGCCUUCCUGUCCUGGUUCCGCAAUGGCCUCCUGGCUUCAGGCAUCGGGGUCAUCUCUUUCAUGCAAAGUGACAUGGGACGGGAAGCUGCCUACGGCUUCUUCCUGCUGGGCGGCCUGUGCGUGGUGUGGGGCGGCGCCUCCUAUGCCGUGGGCCUGGCCUCGCUGCGCGGGCCCAUGCAGCUGUCCCUG